CACUCCUCAGCCUGAGACCGAAGAGGCUCUUUUAUUUGUCCAAGAAAGGUCUUGCAAUAAAGACCGCAAGCCACGAAAAUGCCUUGAACAGUCCAAAAUGGACUUCUUAGAUUGCGAUGAAAUUCCCUCAUUCACGAUUCUUGGAGAUGACGGCCGUGGCAAAAUCAAGCAAAAGCCGAAACCUCUCCAAUGCAAAUUUCGGGUUGGAGAUCUAGUGCAACUUCGUGUAGAAGGUGCCGAAAAGGAAGGUCCUUACAAAAUCGAGACGGUAGAUACUGCGAACAAAAAGUACACUCUUUGCGAUAGCGCGGGAUAUACAGCUAAGGAGGGGAGGAAGUGGGGAGAGACGGAUCUGGUUGCAGCUUAGUUUCAAUGAUCAUUUGUUUAUGCGAGCCGAGGAGCAACAAAUGGCAGGAAACUUCUGUUUGUUGAAGUCACAGGAGCUGGUUGGCUGUUUGGGAGAGACAAAAAGAGUUCAAAAUUGGGAAAAGACGAGUCAUUGGGUCACUAAUCUCAGAGCAGUAUUCACUGUCAUGAUUUGCUAUUCUGUUCUUUCUUGCUACACUUCCUAC